AUCAGACGGCCGACCUACAACAAUUCUCCGUCGAGAUGAAUCAGAACACUGGUAACUACGAUAUCAUGCUCCCGAUGACCGCAGCCCCCGGAACGUACAUGGUUACACCGUCAGCCACUCCGACCAUGAGAAACGAUCAACUGAUCGUCAACAAUUUCUUGGCGGCGCAGCAACAAGCGUUACUCGCGAACACGCAAUCUCAGAAUAUAUUCAAUACAUUCGACAAGAACGGCAGCCAACUAACCUAG